CAUACAUGAAGCCAGUCAUGGAUAGCAGCUAAAACAACUUUGACUAGUUGACAUGGUCCAGGUUUUAGAACGACCCAUGCGAUUAAAAUCCGCCACUCUUCACAGCACACAAUACUCGUGUACUUGUUCCUAGCUUCAGUAGCAAUGGGCCUUCUUGACACCAAGAAAAGCAUCUUGCCGUCAAGCAAGCAUAGUCAUGGAAAAUCUCACAAAUUGAAGCAUUCGGACAGCAGCCCCGACAAUAUGGGAAAAGUGAAGUCGACUUCUAAACAUAAGAAUGAGCAGCGUGUCAACUUCUUAUUUGUCGUUAACGAGUACAAUCUGAAUCCUAAUCACGCGCCCGCCGCCGACCGGUGGGGCAAUAUAGUACCUCCUGAAACGUGGGAAGACUACGCCGAAGAACAUGAGGGCCGAGUGUUCAGAUAUUGCGGUGGCAUCGUCAGUACUGAAGAGACGUAUACCUGGCACCGUCCAGGCCUUGGCCUCGCUGGAAAGAUCGGUUUUUGGCAAAUGGGUAGCGAUGAACUAGGUAACCCCAUGGAGGUGUUUUGCGCAUUAGAAAAAUACUCGGACUUCAGCAUGUUCAAUUGUGGUCCAUUCUUGCCCACCAUCUACGGAGCCGGGGACGUAUCCGAAGAUGACGGUUGUUUCGACGGUUGGCGUGCUUUACAUUUCAGUCAUGUGGGCGGGAUAAGCCAAGCUAGUCCAAAUGGUGGUUACAAAUACGUUGCUGGACAGAACGCUGGCUUCAUUGAUGUGCUCCUGCCGAAAGCCUAUGCGAACGCUGAUCCCAAUGCGCCUCAAUCAGCUGGUCUCGGUGGACAGGUUGGUUUGGUGAUAGGGCUGAUGGCGUUAUCACAACGACCAGGGCCAACAUUGGACGAAGAGCCACGAGGAGUACUCGUUCACAUCGCCAUCGAAUCCAGCGCAGAAACUGCCAUGGUGGAGAGAGAGAUACAGAAUUUUGAAUGGAGCAAGGUCUUCGUGGCAGGCUGAGCUUGAGGACUAACCACUUCAACGUGACCCAAGUUCUUGAGUCCUCAAAUCAGUGCACCUCUCUUUCAGUCUUCUCUGCCACUCCACCUGACGUUUCUUGGCGGCUUAUAAUCUUUUGCAGGAUGAGUUACGGUAUAUUUGAUCAUUUACAAGGCUAUCAGGUUCGAGAAAUGGCUACACCAAAGGCUAGUUGGCAGCGAACUGAAGUGCAGCAUGCUUUGGCUCUCCUAUAACAGAUGCAUCUCUCACCCAUUGUAGCCAUAAACUCAAUAUUCAGAUAUGUUGUACAUGCGCAUAUCGAAUGAAGACAAG